AUGGGGAGCGUAGAUUGUUCCGAUGUCAGGACGUUCAAGGCCAAUUUCACCGUCGAGGGAGUGACGGUUCUGAGGGAAAAAUUGAACGAGAAACUGAAGGAGUUGAUGGGGAAUUACACUGACGAAACACUUGUGGAUUAUGUUGUUGUGUUAUUGAGGAAUGGUAGGGGCAAAGAUCAUGCAAAGAAUAAAUUGAAUGUUUUUUUGGGGGAGGACAGUGAUUCUUUUGUAUCCUGGCUGUGGGAUCAUUUGGCUUUGAAUAUAGAUUUAUAUGUAGAAUCUAAAGGAUUGCAGGAUGAAGCUCCCAAAAGCAAGCUUAUAUCAAAGGUCCAAGCCGGAGAUGAUGGUAUUCAGAAUUUGAAUUCAAAAUCAGAAAGAGUAAAGUCUAGAAGUCGCCGUAACAGAGAUUGGAAAGGGUUAGUGUGUAGAGAAGCUGAAGCACCACCGCUGCAGAGCUUUGUGGUUGAGAGUAUGCAUUUAGACAAAAUAGUCCAAUCUAAAGUCAACCGUGCUACAAGGCCACGACCACCAUCUCAUGCACCACCUGUUCAGAGGAAAAUGGGUUGUGCUUUUGAAGAGCAGAAGACUAAGCAUCUAGCUUACCAAGUACCUUGGCAGAGGGAUUCGGUUUCACAAGUAACUGUUGAUGCUCCUCGACGGCUGCUUCAGUUUGCAGUGCGAGAUGCAGUGGCUACUUCCAGGCCAUCUAAUUUGCACCCAUCAGUGGAGCCCUCUUUAAAGCGUCUCCGUUCUGUAGUUUCUUCAUCCUCGGUUGAGUCAUCUAUGGUUGAACAUCCUCAUAGGAUGCAGACUAUUUCAAGAGUGGCAAACCCCAUGGCGGCAUUGUUUAAGGCCGUGGAAGAAGCUGCUGAAGAUGUUGUAAAGUUAAAAUCCUCAGGAAGUGUAUUUGAUCGGAUUAGUUGUGACAUGUACCCAUCAUAUGGUAAAAUGCAACUUGAAGAUAACCAGUAUCUGGAGCAAAGCCCAUUACUGUACCAUGAAGAAAAAGGCUCUGGUGAUCAUUAUGCUGCAAAUAUGACGAUGUUGGAACAUGAAACUGGGUUUACUUCCAAUUCUUCUUCAGACAAUGAAGGGUUUGAUGAUGUUAAUUUCACAGGUAAUAAGGUGGGUAGAGUUUCUCAGUUAAGUUCUUCUGGUGGAAAGAGGGGCGAGGAUUCACUGAUGGUGCACUAUAACGUAGCAAAAAAUGACAAUGAUAAAAUGCUUCUAAAAAAGAACAGAAACCAGGAGCAAUCUGCUGCUGCACCCAACACUUCCAAGAUAGUGAACAUUUCUGUUAAUGUAAAUGCUUGGAAUCCAUCAGUCCCAGCUCAAUACCAGAAACCAAGAGAGGUUGCAGAGUUAUCUGGUUAUAAAACUUUAAACAGUGGAAUUGGAGCUCCAAGUUCUGGCCUGAGAAUGGUGACUGAGAACGCUAAAAAGCUGAAAAUUGAGAAUGGAAAAGUGAAACCUACUUUGAAUUUGCUGAAAGAGACUCAGAAGGCACAACAACUAUCAACUCCCGGCACUGGUUCAAGUGCCGCCAGUUGUCCGUUAUUUGAUGCUGAUUCUCGAACCAUUUUUGCCAGCAAUGUUCAUUUCGCUGCUACCAAAGAUGCCAUAUGUCAGCAUUUUAAUAAAUUUGGGGAAGUGCUUAAAGCUGUUAUAGUUACUGAUUCAAUAACAGGGCAACCAAAAGGGGCAGCUUAUGUGGAGUUCAUGCAUAAAGAAGCAGCAGAUAAUGCAUUAUCACUGGAUGGAACUUCCUUCAUGUCACGUAUUCUUAAGGUUGUAAGGAAAAGUACUGCACAACAUCAAGAUUAUGCUCCAGCUGUGCCAUGGCCACGUGGAGUUAACGGACCUUCAUAUCCUUCUGCAAGUUUUCUCAGAUCCCCCAUUCAAACAGGCAUUCCUGGGGCAUUUAAACCUAGGCCCCCAAUUAAAUUUGGUGCCAGGAGCUUGCAAUGGAAGCGGGGUGUCCAAGGCACUUCAUCUAACAAUGUUGCAACUUUGAAUAACAGUAGUAUUUCUCCACCCGUUUCUCGAGGUCUCACCUAUGUCAGAGUAGAAUCUAAGCUAAAUGGCAGCUUGAGUACCAGGUAG